AUGGAGCCCGUUCCACGGGGGUCUUGUGUGGCCGAGCCUCUGAGCGUGGCCAUCAGUGGACCUUCGGGACAUCUGUGCACAGUGAAUGCCUGCAAGUCAUGGUGCCUCCGUGCUCUGAAGCAUGCCAUCCAGGAUGAUCAAGGAAUCUCUUGGCGCCAACAGCGCUUGAUCCAUGGCUUGCGUGAACCCAACGAUGCCGCUCUUUUGGGAGAGCUUUGCUCGGAGGGUCCACUGGAGCUCACGCUGGUCCGCCGCUCCUGGGAACAGGUGGAGUGGCUCCGCCUUGCAGAGGAGGACUGGAGCGAGCUGCUGCAGCAGCCAGAGGCUUGGUUGGACCGGGAGGUGGUGCUCCAGGCAGUGUCAAGCUCUGGCUGGGCAUUGCAGUACGCGGCAGAGGAACUUCGUGCAGACCGGACUGUGGUUCAGGCAGCCGUGAGCCAGAACGGUUUGGCUUUGAAGUUUGCUGCUAAAGACGUGGCUGCCGACAUGGAGGUUGCCUUGGCGGCGGUGUCGCAGUGCGGACGCGCUUUUCAGUAUUGUGCAGACCUCCUCCAAACAGACCGUGCCUUCGCACUAUCAGCAGUGCAAGCCAAUGGGCACUCCUUGAAGUACAUUGCUGAGGAGCUACAAGAUGAGGAGAUCGUGCGAGUGGCUGUGGACCAGUGUGGAACUGCGCUAGGCGACAUCCUCGACAACGGGGAGUCGGGACCGUCGGUGAAGCGUCGCAUCCGGCACGUCCUUCAAAACAAGAGCGUGCUUGGCUUUGAGGAAGACUCUGAAGACAGCGUCGCCAGCAUCAGGGAGCCUUUGGCACCCGGCCAAGACUUGGCCUGCUUCUUUGGCGGCGGCCGCUCUGACGGGCACCUGGGUCUGGCGAAGCACCUGGGCUGGCAGGCAGCAUGCCUCUGCGAGAUGGCGAACUUAGGCCUUCCAGUGCCUCCGGGCUUCUGUUUGAAGGCAGGGCCCGAGAUUUGGCCCAGUGCCAAGAUGGCCUUGAAUCAGGUUGAGGCAGCAAUGCAGCAGGAACUGGGGAACUGCAACGCCCCACUACUGCUCUCUGUGCGGAACGCCCAGCAGGAGAUUUCGAGCAUUGGCCUGAGUGAUGAGAUUGCGGAGCAUCUGGCAGCUCGCCAGAAUCCAAAUUGCAUCUGGGACUCCUACCGGCGCCUCAUUGUGUCCUAUGCGCAGGUGGUGCAUAAUCUUGACAGCACUCCCUUCGAGCAGGAGCUGGUGAAGGUUACAGAGGCAUUGAAUGCGAGGGAUCGGUUGGGGCGCAAACAUGAAGUCUGGGAGAUUCCUACGAAUGAUCUGCAGCAGUUGGUUGCGACAUACAAGGACAUCUACCAAGAGCAGACUGGCGACGCAUUCCCCCAAGAUCCCACGGUGCAGUUGCAGAAGGCCAUGGAGGCGGUACACAGAAAGGAGCCGGAAUGCACAGAGGCAGAGCCAGCAAUCGUUCAAGCCAUGGUGUUUGGAAACUACGACUUCCAGUCGGGAGCAGGGAAGCUGAUGCUCCAGAAUGCUGAUGGCACACCCUGCGACUUUUCGGGAAGCUGGCUGCCGAAAGCACAGCGGGAGGACAUCUCAGCGCAGAAUCGCCCGGAUCAACAGCUAACUUUGCAGGCAUCCCAAAGGUGGGCAGAGGCAGAGGGCAUCGCGGAAGGAGUUCGCUCUUCUGAGUACCCCUCCUUGGAAGAGUGCUUGCUGCCUGUCUGCGCUGGCUUGGCUCACUGCAAGGACGUCCUGGGCCGUGCAGGCCUUGCAAGCCACAAGGACGUCAAGGCUAUCGAGUUCGUUGUGCAGCAAGGAAGGUUGUGGUUGCUUCAGGCCUCCACGGAAGGCAAGUGUGAGGUGCCAACUCACACAGCCUCCACACCAGACUUUGAGCUUGUGGACCCGGCGCAAGAAUGUAUCGAGGCGGUGCAGGCUGACAUGGCAACAUUGGAUGAGGCCGCAAAUCCCUGCCCGCUGCCAGAGCCAAGCGUUGUUGAGCCUCAACCUGACCUCCACGACCUCCCCGACUACCCCGUGAUCCAUGUCGCCGCGGACACGUGGCGGGGCCCAGGAGUUGUGCACAACGGCCGGGCGAUUGGGUCCAUGCGGUCCGCACGUUCCGUGCCCAUGCCAGAGACACAGGAGAGUCCGGCUUCAGGCCGUGCUGAGGGACUGGCAGCAGGGACAUUCGGCUUGGCCCUGCCGCUGUGGCAGACGGCUUUCGCUGGUGGGCUCGCCUGCGUGUCUCAUCGUGCAGUGGCCGGCUCCGUCGCAGACCUCCUGGCCUCUUACCAGUCUUGCCCCGCGCGCAAGCCUGGCAUCCAAAAGCUGGCCCGGCAGGCGGCCCCGACCCUCGCCAGGAAUGCCGUGAAGUUCUCCUCCGGUUUUCCCUUCGGCGCCAUCUGCUGCUCUCUGUAUGUCAACCUGUUGCAUGGCUCCGCCGUGCAUUCAGGGAGGGAGUCCGCAGACCGUCUGGACCCACUGAGCAGGUUCAGCUGUGCCUCUGCCGCCGUGACCAUGGCCACCGUCGCCACGUACCCCCUUGCACCGUCACCCGCCGUCUUGGACAAGAAGACCCUCACCAUCCGCUCGGCGGCGCAGGCAUUGCGGUCCCAUGGCCGCCGCGCCGUGGCAUCCGCCAACCCGGUGGCCGCUGUCGAAAUGUGCGCAAUCGACGUUGUCCGGAACAUGGGGACCAGUGCAGGUUGGCAGACGAGCCCGAGCCUGCUCUUCGCCUCCGGAUGUGCGGCAGGAUGCUUCGCACAAUCUUUGGUCCACAUCCACGAGACGGCCAGGCAACCCGCUGCGACCUCGCCUCCCAAGAGCCGCCGCGAGCGCCUUCAGGGAUUUUGCAGGAGCUUGGGCCCUCAAUUUCUGAAGCACGCCCCAGCGGUGGGCAUGAACUCCUUGGUGCGUGUGGGACUUGUCACCCACUUCCUGAGCCAGCAGUAG